ACUACUUCGGUUUUUCUCGAUGGGCGCACUUCGAAACCUUGGUUGGAUAGUUGCCUUAACAGUACAGAAAACGAUAAAAUUCCUUUGGUAAUUGCCUCCAGAAAUGGCCAUGUCGAUGUAGUACGCUAUCUGCUUGCAAAGGGUGCUGAUCCUAAUGUUGUUGGUACAGUCUCGUUCGACGGUGAAACUAUAUGUGAGUUAGAUCUUUACUACUGCUAG